AUGGCAGCGAAAUCCGAUGGUCGCGGGGUCGUCACCGGUUUCGCCCAGUUGCACAACCUGGACGAGGUGGUGGGGACGGGAGAGGACGACACUCGGAACGGCAGCUCAUUCCACAUCUGCCACUGCUGCAACACCUCGUCGUGCUACUGGGGCUGCCGGAGCGCCUGCCUGCAUUACCUCCGGGGGAAGGGGAAGGGGAAGGGGAGAGAUGCGGCGCGGCCACCGCAGGAGGAGCGCCUCUGGCUGGACUGCCUGUGGAUCAUCCUGGCACUGCUGGUCUUCUUCUGGGACGUGGGGACCGAUUUGUGGCUGGCCAUCGACUAUUACCACAAGCAGGACUUCCUGUGGUCAGGCCUGACCCUGUUCUUCGUGCUGGUGCCCUCGGUUCUGGUCCAGAUCCUGAGCUUCAGGUGGUUUGUGCAGGAUUACACUGGGGGCGGACUGGGCUCCGUGGAGGGGCUGAGUAGUCGUAGAGCUACAGCCUGUCUGCAAAGAGACAGGUGCUGCCGCCUCUCUGUCUGGGUCUGGCAGACCGUCAUACACAUCUUUCAGAUGGGACAAGUGUGGAGGUACAUCCGCACCAUGUACCUCGGCAUACAAAGUCACCGGCAGAAGGAGAACCAGCGGCGUUUUUACUGGGCUAUGAUGUACGAGUAUGCCGAUGUCAACAUGCUGCGACUGCUAGAGACCUUCUUAGAAAGCGCCCCUCAGCUGGUGCUGCAGCUCUGCAUCAUGAUCCAGAGCAACAAGGCUGAGUGGCUGCAGUGUGUGUCUGCCAUGUCCUCCCUCCUGUCCCUGGCCUGGGUGCUAGCCUCUUACCACAAACUCCUGCGUGAUUCACGUGACGACAAGAAGAGCAUGAGUUAUCGAGGUGCCCUGGUGCAUCUAUUCUGGCGCCUUUUUACCAUCUCCUCACGGGUGCUCUCCUUUGCCCUAUUUGCCUCUGUUUUCCACAUCUACUUUGGCAUUUUUGUGGUGCUCCAUUGGUGUGCCAUGGCUUUCUGGGUCAUCCAUGGCGGCACCGACUUCUGCAUGUCCAAGUGGGAGGAGGUACUGUUCAACAUGGUGGUGGGCGUGGUCUAUGUCUUCUGUUGGUUCAAUGUACGUGAGGGCCGGACUCGGUACAGAAUGGUGGCCUACUACACAGUUGUACUGUUAGAGAAUGCCAUCCUCAGCUCCCUUUGGUAUGUGUACCGCGACCCAGCCACCACUGACGCCUAUGCCUCUUUUGCCCUCUGUGGCGUCUUCCUGUGCUUUGCCUCAGGUGUGGCCUGUAUGGUUCUCUAUUAUGGGGUCCUACACCCCAUGGGCCCCCGGCUGAGGGUGCUGGCCAGCUCCUGCUGCGCUGAGCUGCUGUGGGGCCUUCCGUUGCCCCCCGAGGCCGAGCCCAUGGCUCCCACACCAGGCCCCCGUGGCUCUCAGGCCACCCCCACACGAGGUCUGGCAGGGGAACAUGUGGAGUCAGAUGAAACAGCCACGGACACCUGCCUUCCGGUUUUCCAGGUGAGGUCCACAGAGCCUGUGGAUGCAGCUGGCAGGCCCAUCCGGCCUGAGGGUCCUCUCAUUAAGAUAGACAUGCCCAGAAAACGCUACCCAGCCUGGGAUGCACACUUUGUGGAUCGGCGCCUGCGCAGGACCAUAAAUGUGCUGCAGUACAUUAGCCCUAAUGCGGUGGGCAUCAGGUAUAGGGACGGUCCGCUUCUUUAUGAACUCCUGCAGUAUGAAUCCUCCCUCUGA